AUGACAACUUACGGCACUCUCGAUGGGACGGGCAGAGCUGAUGCUCGGUCAGACGUCGAGAGGGCCGCUGACCUGGACUUGAGUUCCACCACCCUCUCAAGCAAACGGGAACAGACGCACAGUGACUACCAGCCGCUAUUAGAAGACGACAGAAGAUCUAUCAUGUCUGAAAGCAGCCGUGGAUCCGCACAGGCCGGAGUGAAGCGAGUCGAAGCCAUCGCAUCGACAUGGUCAAAAACCAGUCUUUACGUUGCCUACCUCGGCAUCGCCAUGCUGGCAUAUGCAACAUCGCUCGAAGGUCAAACGACAGGCAACCUUACCAUCUUCGCCACGAGUGCAUUCAAGGCACAUUCACUGGUUUCGWCCGUGCUGGUCGUGCAGGGGAUUGUGUUGUCCGUUGCCAAACCACCGAUGUCAAAGAUCGCAGAUGUUUUUGGACGAUUCGAGGCAUUCGGUGUCUCUGUGCUGUUCUAUAUCAUAGGAUUCAUUCAACAAGCGGCAUCGACCAGCGUCAACACCUACGCCGCCGCACAAAUCUUCUACUCUGCAGGUCAGACUGGACUGCAGAUUCUCAUCCAGAUAUUCAUCGCCGACACCAGUGACCUGGUCAAUCGUGCACUCUGCUCUACCAUCCCUACUACACCAUUCCUAGUCAACGUCUGGAUUGGGCCUGCCCUCGCCGAGAAGAUAUUGAAAAAUCUGAAUUGGAGAUGGGGAUACGGGAUUUGGUCGAUCGUGCUGCCUGUGGCUUUCCUGCCGCUGGCACUCGCGCUGCUCAUCAAUCAGCGAAAGGCCGCGUUUCGUGGCAUCAUGCCCGUAUCGCCCUUCAAGGGACAGUCCUGGUGGCAGAUAGUAAAGACCAUCUGGAUUGAGCUGGACUUCUUCGGUCUGGUCCUCAUUUGCGUGGCGUUCACGCUUAUUCUGAUUCCCUUGACACUGGCUUCCAAGUCUGGCUGGACAAAUCCGAACCUCAUCUCGAUGCUUAUCGUCGGAGUGGCGUGCCUGAUAGCCAUACCAUUCUGGGAAAAGAGCAAAUUCCUGGCACCGCGAGCCUUCUUCCCGCGUAGCUUUUGGAAGAACAGGACCAUCAUCUGUGGCCUUGCUCUAUCCUUCUUCUACUUCAUGGCAUUCUACCUUUCGGUAUACCCAUACUUUCAGUCGUACCUGCUCGUGGUGCAGGAUCUUCCUCUUACAUCGGCCGGCCGCAUCGUUCAARCUUUCACAUUCACGUCCACCGUCACAUCCAUCUUGGUCUCGUUCGCCAUCAAAUACACAAAGCGAUACAAGACUUUCAUGGUGGCGGGCACUAUUCUGUAUGUCAUCGGCUUGGCGCUGAUGAUUCAUUACCGUACCGAAGAUGCGUCGCCUGCCGUGAUCGUAGGGACGCAGGUAUUCCUCGGAGUCGGCGGAAGCUUGACCCACGUCCCGGCACAGCUUGGCGUGCAGGCUUCCGCGAGCCACUCAGAAGUUGCUGCAGCCACAGCUCUGUUUCUGACGUUUCUGGAAAUUGGAGGUGCCGUCGGUUCCGCGAUCUCGGGUGCGAUCUGGACGAGCAAUAUCCCAAAGAAGCUCGCGCUUUAUCUUCCGCCCGAAACAAGAGAUCAGGCGGCGGAUAUCUACGGCAAUAUCACACUCGCAUCGAGAGGGUUUCCAAUGGGCAGUCCCACUCGUAUUGCAAUCAACCAGGCAUACCAGGAGACCAUGACGAAGAUUCUAAGCGUCGCUGUGUGCGUCGCGUUGCCCUGCAUCGUGUUGAGUCUGAUGAUGACGGACUAUCGUCUCGACGAAAUCGACCAGGGUGUGAAGGGUGUUGUGAUUGGCGGUGAUACAGCAAGGGCYGAAUCGGAGCCUCCUGCCGGUCCGUCUACCACGAGGCUUCUCAGCACCAACGGCGAUGUUGAUGACGAAAGCGAUGAUGAAGCGUCAGAGUCUCUACAAGGCUCGAUGAGUCGACUUCUUGACAGCAGUAAGGGGAGAUCUUGA